AUGUUGCAAGAAAAUGAAAACAUAGUAAAAGACGAAGGGAAGCUUAAAGUUCCAGAAGAUGUCGAGUAUAUUAAAAAAGAGACUGUCAACACAAGGGCGUGCUGGCCUAAAUUCGAAGUAACAAAAUAUUAUAAGAUAUUGGAUAAUCUUGAUGAUAAAUACGCCGAGGUCCGUCAAAAUUACCAAGCGGCAGUGGGUGUCGACAAUUUCGACGCUGAUAUGCUGGCGAUGUUGAUAAAGUCUGGUGGUGUAGCAGAACGAACAGCUUACGUAAGUGGUGAUCGUACGCAUAUUCCAGCUGGGAUUAACCUCGGUGGAUACUCUAUGAUGAGGGUUCCCAAGAAUAUUCUAUUCUUCCAUCGCAUGAAGCUGCGGAACGACACUCACUUCAGGGUCCAGUACCUCCAAAAUGAUCUAGAGAACAUGGUGCUUCGGAGCAGGAUUGCCCUGAAUGAUCUUCGUGUGAUGGGUUCUUUUGACAGAGCGAUUACAGAUUCUAAUCCAUCCAAUCUCUUUUAUGUGCCUACGUUCGGAAAAGCAGAAUUCCUCUUGAAAAACGUCAAGUACUCGAUGGAAGGUCGCUACAGACUUAUUCAAAACACUCUUAAUCUUGUGCUUGUGAUAUCCGAAUUGAAAGUCGACGAUGUUAUAAUGGUGGUACACGGAUUCUUAGAUAGAUUAAAGACGGACCUAGACCAUUGGCUUAAGGACUAUUUCAACGAUUACCUCACUUAUUAUUCAAUAGCGGGAAGAGAUUUGAAUUCAGAAUUUCAGAAAUAUGACGCCGAGAAAGCUUUGGCACUAAAUGACUUUACAGACAACGCUAUAAAUGUUAUAAUACGGAAACUGCACCGGGUCAAGGCCGGCUCCGUUAAGCUGCCCAACUUUACAAUUUACGCUCUCAACGGAAUGGUACCUGUUAUUUAUACCGACUUACCUAAUCUCUUCCUAGUACACAAGAUAAAAAUUACACCGGGUCUCGAACCCGUAACUCGUGAAACUGCGGACACUAAGUACAGAUUCCUAGUUCUUUGUUAG